AUGAUGGGUUGCAUUUGUUGCAAGUCAUCUGCUAUUGAAGAUAGCAAGGAAAGUCCUAGGCAGAGGCUUUCGAGUAAAGCCUCAUUAGAUGUUAGGGUACCGAAGGCAACUUCUUCGUGGAGCGAGGAAUCACAUAGAACAAAGGAUCCAUAUGAUCACAAUGAAGGGAGGACCACGGUCAUUGAUAAACAAGUGAAUGGUUUGGUUCGAACCCAUGGUGAGAAUUUGGAGAAGAAAAGGGAGAGGAUGGAGCAUGUUGUUAGUCACCACCCUGGGAGGGGUAGUGUUCCAAAAGCUAUAGAAGGAGAGCAAGUGGCGGCUGGGUGGCCUGCUUGGUUAGCUGUAGUUGCAGCGGAAGCGAUCAGGGGAUGGCUACCACGUCGUGCAGACUCAUUCGAAAAGCUAGAUAAAAUUGGUCAGGGAACUUAUAGUAACGUUUAUAGGGCUCGUGAUUUAGAUCAGAAAAAAGUUGUUGCUCUGAAGAAAGUUAUAUUUGAUAACCUUGAGCCAGAGAGUGUUCGAUUUAUGGCAAGGGAAAUUCACAUUCUACGUAGACUCGAUCAUCCGAAUGUUAUAAAGCUGGAAGGGCUUGUUACCUCGAGGAUGUCUUGCAGCCUGUACCUUGUUUUUGAGUACAUGGAACAUGAUUUGGCUGGUCUUGCUUCACAUCCUGAUCUUAAGUUUUCAGAAUCACAGGUUAAGUGUUAUAUGCAGCAACUUUUCUGUGGUCUUGAUCAUUGUCACAGCCGUGGUGUCCUACAUCGUGACAUAAAGGGUUCCAACCUUCUAAUUGACAACAAUGGCAUCUUGAAGAUUGCAGACUUUGGUCUAGCUAGUUUUUAUGAUCCCCAUCAAAAUCAGCCCUUAACAAGCCGUGUCGUAACACUUUGGUAUAGAGCACCAGAGCUUUUACUUGGAGCCACCUACUAUAGUACCGCUGUGGAUUUAUGGAGUACCGGUUGCAUACUUGCUGAGUUAUAUGCUGGCAAGCCUAUUAUGCCUGGAAGAACUGAGGUGGAACAGCUGCAUAAAAUUUUCAAACUUUGUGGCUCACCUUCCGAAGAUUAUUGGAGAAAAUCAAAGCUGCCUCAUGCAACCAUUUUUAAGCCACAGCGGCCUUAUAGACGCUGUGUUGCAGAAACAUUUAAGGAUUUUCCUGCCCCAUCUUUAGCUCUCAUGGAGACCUUACUUUCCAUUGACCCUUCUGAUCGUGGAUCUGCAGCUUCUGCCCUCAAGAGUGAGUUCUUUACGACGAAGGCUCUUCCCUGUGAUCCUUCAAGCUUGCCAACGUAUCCUCCUAGCAAAGAACUCGAUGCAAAAAUGAGGGACGAGGAAGCUAGAAGACAAAGAGCAGCAGCAACCAAGGGCCAGAGACCUGAACUUGAAAGGAGAGCAACAAGAGAGUCUCGAGCUGUCCCAGCACCCGAUGCUAAUGCCGAACUAGUUCCGUCAAUGCUGAAAAGACAAAGUCAAUCCAAUUCGAAGUGUUGUAGCGAGAAGUUUAAUCUGCAUCCUGAAGAAUCUGCUUCAGGCUUUCCUAUAGAUCCACCUAGACCAUCACAAGCAGUAGAAUCAAAUGCAGAUGCGCAUGGGAAUCAUCACAAUAGAGCCUCCCAUUCAGGGCCUCUGGCUCACAGGGCUGCAUGGGCAAAGUCUGGGAAAACCCAGGACGAUCCUCCAAAGAUUUCGACUGGGCCUAAUCUGUCACUGAUGUCAGGUUUAGUGGCAGCAAGGAGAAAUAGUCUUAUAUCUAAGGAUAGCAGAGAAAGAUAUGGUUCUUUGCAAUCCGAAGCUCCUACAUUGAUUGCAGGAUUUCCAGGGUCUUUUAAAGAGGUCUCGGAAUCUUCUAUCGGACAGGACCCAGAACAUAAUGUGCAGCAGAAGGAAGAUGGAAGAAGUAACACCAAAGACCCACUUCUGCUUGGUUAUGGAUCAAAGGUUCAGAAAAUUCACUAUUCAGGUCCAUUAUUAGUUCCAUCAGGCAACACAGACCAAAUGCUCAAGGAUCACGACCGUCAAAUCCAAGAAGCUGUUCGGCGAGCACGACUCGAUAAAGCAAUGAAGAGAAAAGUUCAGUUACAAGAGAAUCAAUUAUCAACCACUUCAUUAUUUGUUUCUGGUCGUUGAACUAAAUUUUGUACAACUGCAAAUCAAAGUUUAGCAUUGUCAAGAUGAUGUCAAAUGGAUAUUUUUUGUAUAGGAUGGUGCUUUUUUACUCGGGCUCUGGCAUUAGUGUCAGAUACAAAUAUGAUUCCGAGUAACAAAGGAUCAGAGGGCUGGUGUGCUUGCUAGUAGCAGGUAUAUUAUAGCUAAGGUUGUAGCUUAUUAAGAAACCUUUGUGAUUCGUCACAUGUGCAUUUGUUUACUACUCACCAACUGUAAUUUGGAAAGAUAUGGUACCAUUCUUGGUAACCUUAUUCUCAACAUGUUGUGCUCCAGAUUUCUA